UCUGCACAGCUGCGCGAGGGAGUGACAGAAGAGCUACUAGCGCUGGGGGCUCCGGUUGGGGAGUCCGCAGCUCUUGUUAAUGUAGCCGCUGCCAGUAUGUUUCCUCCCGUACGUAACACAUUUAAAGUAGAAUUAGACCCCCCAGUUACCUAUAUCAACCCAUAACGUUAUUCGUUGAAGAUGGACGAGUCGUCUCUGUUGGAUUUACUAGAAUGCUCGGUGUGUCUGGAGCGGUUGGACACUACCGCGAAGGUGCUGCCCUGCCAACAUACGUUCUGCCGUCGCUGCCUCGAGAACAUCGUGAGCUCCAGGAACGAGCUGCGGUGUCCCGAGUGUCGAAUCCUAGUGGACUGUGGAGUGGACGACCUCCCUGCCAACAUCUUGCUGGUUCGGCUGCUGGACGGGAUCAAACAGCGGCCACGGAACGGCAGGCAGUCUCUACCCGUGGGGUCUCUUGGCUACGCAGCCGGGAUCUCCGCUUCCUCUCCGGGCAGCGGAAUAAGAGACCUGCCCAUUGCCACCAGAAACUCGCCAGUGAAGGUAGGCAGGCUAGACUUGGCGAAAUCCACGUCUGAGGGCUUGUUCAUGGCUUCCGCCGCUCAUUUGAGCGUCACAUCACCCUGUGACUCUCCUCUGCCGCGAGGACCUGCCCUCGGGGGCUUCACAUCCCCUCCCUCAUUCCUGCCUGUCACACCGGCCCCGACCUGCAGACUGACUGGCACGUCUCACCGACUAGAACCGUGGUCAUUUAUGAUCUGUUCAUAACUCUGUUGACGAGGAUUUCUGUUCUCCUGGCCUGCCCGAGGCGGGGAGAGGCACGCCGAGUGGCUGGGUGGGGUUUGAUAAGCUGCUGUUACCCACCUGCAGUCCUCAGAGACAGGGCAGGAAG